CUUGAGCAACCACUGCACCUCGAAGUGGAAUGGCCCCGCCCGACUGCGGCUCUCUCCGAGCGGACGGGCCGCUGGGUCUAGCGUCAAAGCUGCAGGAUAUGUUGACGCGAGAGCAGGCCAGCCAUCGGGAGACGCAGCAUGAGCUGAAGAUUGAGCGAGCCGCCCACGACGACACGGCUGAGCGGCUAGUGGAGAUGCAGCAAAAGCUCGAGGCGACGCUCCAGGAGCUCUCCAAUCUCGAGCGCUUUGUCAAGGGUUGCUCCGCCUGCUCCUCCGUUCCCUCAAACACUCCGCCCGAACGCGAGCCGCUACUCAAGGAGGAGGCAUACCUCCAGUCCAGGCUGCGUUUCGUGCAGGAGGAGCUUACGAGUUCUGCGUCCACCGCUGUCACCCGGCCCUCAUCGGCGAGCAUCGGGCGCAAGGGCAAGGCUGCCGCUGCGUCUCCCGGCGAUGAUGCGCUACGCGCUUGAGCUGCGCGGAUCUAUAGAGCCUUAGAGCGGAUCCUGAUCUCCGCGGGGUCACAGUCGCCGCCGUACGUUGAGCAUCACUUUUUUGUACACAAUCUGCUUCUACGGAUGGACGAUGCUAAUCUCGUGCGCGUGUCGGAAUCCGUCGCAAGUACGGCCUCACGUCAGUCAUUCUUGCUGACAGCCGCGGGUCGGAUG